CAUCAGUGCAGUCUGCAGUAGCGAGCGUCCUGCGCGUGCCCACCAGACUCAAGCUGCGAGGCGUCACAACAAAGCUGCCAACAGGGGGCCUCUUUUACAUACCCCAGAAGAAACAUUAGAGAGGGCAGUUAAGAGAUGUGGAGAUCAGAUGACAUUGUGGAAGAGGAGAGACCUAGUAUACCAUCAGAGGUUUUUCUCCAGCAGCCUGAGGUUCAAGAUGUCCACUCUGAUGAAAUUGCACUUCAUAGCGUCUCAGAGCCAGAAGGGCGAGAGAUAGAAAAAGGGACAGAACAUGAGAAGAUGGACUGCAAAGACAAACAGAAUUCAAGCAAGUCUGUGUCCCAAAAUCUAGCUAAUCAAAAUCAACCCUGUCAGACAAGCGAGAUUGAGCAUGUCGGAAUGAUCAAACAGGAUUAUGGGACUGAAUUGCCUUUAAAUGACACUAAGGGUGACCUUGACCCAGGUAGGAAACCCCAGGGUGAACUACCCUGUCCUCGCUGUGAGAGAAGGUUUGCGAGUAGUCAAGGCCUGCAGCGUCACAUACAGACACAUGCUCUUUCGACCUGCCACACACAGCGGUAUAAAUGCAGUCGCUGCAGAAGGACUUUCAGCACAUUGUUUAGUCGUCGGAGGCAUGAGAAAAGACAUGAAACUAGAAAUAGGAAGACGGAUGAUCUCACGGAUGCCCCUUGCACUGCCAGCCAGAAUGUGCCUGGCAGUGCUGAACCUCUAAAAACGGCAUCAGAGCCAAACAAGUGCAUUAAUGGUGAACAAAAGGACGAUAAAAACAGUGACGUCAAAGCCUCACAUGUCUGCAAGUACUGCAAAAAAGCAUUUAGGACUCAUACUAGUCUAAGGAGGCAUCAGCGCAGGAUCCACGAGCGCCAUCUUCUUCCUAGAGGAGUUUAUAAGAAGGUCAAAAUCAUUCAAGAACCUGAAGGACAGCAGCUUGUUGAGACGGCGCAGGACAGCCAUACUGCUAACGCAAAAUGUGCAGAAGACAUUGAUCAGGAAAGGGAGUACAUGGUUGACAUCUCCAGUAACAUUUCAGAGAAUCUCAGCUUCUACAUAGAUGGGAAAAUUGUCUCGACAAGUGCUGUAAGCAACUGUGAGGUAAUUGAGAUGAACUCCGGUGGCUCUGCCGUGAUUGGAUUAAAUGCUGUUAUAAUCAGUCCAGCUCAAAUUACACAAGCUCUUAAAUUAGAAACUAAUACCAGCGGUUUUACCUCUGACCUGUCUGGGCAGUCCUCAACCAGACGUAGGACAUCAACCCCACCAUUACUCCCACAAAUAAAAACAGAAUUAGAGUCUGAAACCAUUUUGAGUACCUCCUCAUCUUCCUUGUCAUCCUUAACACUGUCCUCUACAUCCGGAGCUCCGCUGGUUGCUACUCAUUUACCUCAGUGCGUUGAGACAGUCGCCUUUCACAAGGAAAAAACUGUCUAUCUGUCUCCGAAACUCAAACAGAUCCUGCAGAAUCAGGAUGGGAGUAAACAGGCAUUUGCGCUGAUUGCUGAUGGCCACAAAUUGGGUCCUCCCUUAUCCCUAACUGUUUUACCUGCAACAACAUCUAGAUUUAAGAGAAGGACAACCUCCCCUCCCAGCUCACCCCAGCAAACCCCUGAUAUGAAUAUAGAAGAGCAAGAUCAGGAUUCUACAAAAGCCAAGAUACCAAAGUUGGAGAGCCGUGGGUUGAGCCCUUUGGGCAAUGAAGAACCUGAGCCUUUGACUUCACCCAUAAACAGCUCUGAUGGAGCUCCAAUGCAGCAACAGAUCUUGCCGUUGGACUGCUCUGUAUCAAGAACUGGUGGAAACUCCUGUAAUCAACAACCAUUGGACCUCUCAAAUUCUGUGGUCAAGCAAGAGAGCAGUGAUGCCUUAGCAGAGUCCAUUCUGGACUUAAGUAUUAGUGGAAAGAGUUUAGACUGUGACCCAGCUGGAGUCUACCUCACUCAGCCUGCUGUGAGGAAGAGUAAACCUAACUCUAGUAUGCUUCAGAAGGUGCUUAUGAAUGAGUACGGUGGGGCAGACGUUCCUUCGGUUGAAGCUCCAGCUGCUGAAGGCGUCCUCAGUGUUUCUGGCAUAGCAAACCUUGCAGUUGUGGCAGUGUCUGAUGCAGGUCCACCAAAACCUGAAAAGUUCUUGUUCGAGUUGGCUCUUCCUUCUGCUUCAAUCAAUCCGACCCCUCCCCUGCUCGCUCCCAUCAGUAUCCAUCCACCUACCCCAGUCCCUCCACCUCAGUGUUCAUCUCCGACUUUUGUAUCCUUCCUAUCGACUCCCACAGUGGAACCCAGUCAGGACAUUCAAACUCUUCAUUCAGCCUUUGUGGUAACUGACAAUGCACCACCCACAGGGUCUGGGGAUGACUGCGCUGAUAAUCCUGUACAUCUUUCACAGGGUGAUUUGAAAGUGACAAUCCCUGACUGGGGUUCCUCUGCUCCUGGAGGUCUGGAAACUCUUAUACCUGCAGUCCCUUCACUAAGUUUACAAAGCCCUCACUGGGUUUCUGAUCCUGCGGUAUGUGAACUAGCUCAAAGAACAUUGGUUGUAGACUCUGUGCUGGCUUCUGAUCCACAGAUAUUUUCUCCACCUCUGCCUGUUAACCAGUCCAACGUCACGUCCUUGGCUUUUCCUCCAAACACUGUUGUUAUUGAGUAUACAGUUGCAGUGCAAUCUACGGAAAAUAUUCUUCCAGCUCUCUCAGAUAAAAUUCCUGUUGAUGCAUUACAGCAAGAACCUUAUGUCCCAACGGAGCCACAACCUCCCAGUCCUGACACCACCCUGCUAACUGAAACCUCCACAGAGUUGGCACCUACAGAGCAGUCAACAAGCCAUACAGAUACAUUGUCCCUCACUGCUUCCACCAGUGUUGCUGAAGCAGAGAGCAAUGAGAAUGGACAGGAAAAUAUCCAGUCCUCUGAUUGUUCUAAGCAGGAAAACAAAUUUGAAGAAGAGUUACCUCCCUUGCAUCCUUUUUGCAAGAACUUCAUGUGCAAUGUUUGUGAACAACCCUUCCAGUCCAUGAAGAUUCUUAGUCAACACAUAGGUGAGCACUCAAAGGAGUGGCCCUACAAAUGUGAAUUUUGCGUGCAGUUGUUCGAGAGUGACACAGGUUUGCUGGAGCACCGUUCCAGUUAUCACGGCAUUGGUAAAAUUUACGUUUGUAAAACAUGUUCUAAGGAAUUUGCUUUUCUCUGCAACUUGGAACAACAUCAGCGAGAUCUCCAUCCUGGUCAAGAGUGCUCACACACUGAAGCAGUACAUGGCAAGUUAAGACCUGAAAACCAUAACAGUCCCAAAACCAACAUGGCUGAUCCAGUCCUUCCAAUCACAGAAAUUAAGCAAGAAUUUGACAACACAACCUCAAAGGCAGAGAAGGAUGUCUUGGAGAACACUUCUGAGGAGUUGUUCACGACAAUAAAAAUCAUGGCAUCUGGAGGGGUCAAAUCAAAAGGACCAGAUGUACGUUUAGGCAUUAACCAACACUACCCAAGUUUCAAACCACCUCCUUUUCCAUACCACAACCGGACACCAACUGGGACGACAGCAGCAUCAGCCACCAACUUCACCACCCACAACAUCCCUCAGACCUUCAGCACAGCUAUUCGUUGCACCAAGUGUGGUAAGAGCUUUGACAACAUGCCCGAACUGCACAAGCACAUCUUAGCUUGUGCAAACGCUAGCGACAAGAAGCGGUACACUCCUAAAAAGAACCCUAUACCACUUAAGCAGUUUGCAAAAGCGCAAAAUGGGGUGUUGUCACCUGCAAGGAUGGUUAAUAGUAAGCAGAAUUUCUCUCAAAAGCUCGGACAACCAAAAAAAAUGAACUUUCACAAUUCGCCAGUUAAGAUGAGUAUCCUGAAUAAGAAGAAAUCUCAGCUGGUGCAAAGGGGCAGACCUGCUGGGGGAAGAAAGGCCUUCGCUCAGGAUGACCUGGGCGUUUUUGCAUGUCCUCACUGUAGGAGAGAGUUUACAUACAAUGCUAGUUUAAAGAAACACGUAGCUUUCAGCUGCCCCAUGAGACCUGCCAGUAGAAUCUCCACUAAAAAAAGAACACUGAGCAUUGUUUCAGCGCAGGAGAACAACGGGAGCCUUCGCAGACAAAUUGCAAAUAUGAGCGCAAAGCCACAAGGGUCAGACCAAGGCCCAAAAACAAUAACAAAGAAUCAGAUCAUUAAGCAAAACACAGCAGUUGAUUCCACUCAGGAUUUUAGGCUUAAAAGAUCUACCAUUCUGUCAACAUCUGUGGUUCAAUCUAGCAAAAAAGCCAAGCCUAUUUUAAAAAGUGGCUUUAUGCCACAGCUGGCUUCAAAGCAGAUAGUCUUCUCUUCUGUCACUCAGGUUAACUCUCAGGAGCCAGGUGUUCGGGUACAUGUUUUAGGGAGAAAGAUGGAGCAGAGAGUGGGUGACAUAAAGAUACAAACCAGAAGAGAGGACCGUUUGUCUCUGAGGUUGAGAGAGAGAGUAGGAGGACCUGUUACUCGUAGUGUGCAGCAGGCCAGCACCACAACAACAGUCCUUAAACAGCCAGACAGUCACAACAUCAUCAUGCGUCCUGUUGUUCUCCAAGUCAAGAAAUGAGACUUGUGAAACGAACAAAAAAUGAUUACUGAUUUCAGUCAUCUCUUUUCUUGAAAAGGGAUAGUUCACCCAAAAAUGAAAUAUCUGUCAUUAAUUACUCACCCUAAUGUCGUUCCAAACCCGUAAGACCUUUGUUCAGACAUUUUUGAUAAAAUCUGAGAGCUUUCUGACCCUCCAUAGACAGCAAGGGUCCUACCAUGUUCAAGGUCCAGAAAGGUUCAAAAAACAUCGACAAAAUACUCCAGUCUAUUGUAGAGACUAUCCUCCCUAUAUGCAAAAUACACAAGCUGAAACACCAGGGGGCCCCCUUGCUCACAAUAAUGAUUUAAUUUUAGUUUUGUUUAAGUGUUUGGCUCCCGGUCAGUCAAAUCAAAUCCGUCAAAUCCUGUAACUUGAUUGUUGUAUAGUCUCUGAGUUGAAAGCAUACCAAGCUGUGGAAGAGACACUGUUUCUCAAACGCUUUCCGUGAACACGAUUCGACAAAUGACAAAUGAGUUUUAUUCAUUUAUUCAUAACCACUCAUCCCCCGCAAACCCCGGCGAAAACAGUUUUGCGUAGGGCCCCAAGAAGUCUAGGAUUGGCACUGAGCCCAUGUGAGCUUGUGCCAGUGCUAGCGACAAAAAACGUUGCACUCCCAAAAAGAACCCUAUACCAUUUAAGCAGUUUGCAAAAGGGCAAAAGGGGGUUUUGUCACCUGCAAGGAUUGUUAAUAGUAAGCAGAAUCUCUCUCAAAAUGCUUGGACAACCAAAAAAAAUUGACUAUAAAUCAGCGGUUAAGAUCAAAACGAGAAUCCUGAAUAAGAAGAAAUCUCAGCUGGUGCAAUGGGGCAGACCUGCUGAGGGAAGAAAGGCUUUUCCUCAGUAUGACCUUGGCGUGUUUACAUGUCCUCACUGUAGGAGUGAGUUUACAUACAAUGCUAGUUUAAAGAAACACGUAGCUUUUAGCUGCCCCUUAAGACCGGCCAGUAGAAACCCAUAAAAUUAGGGUUGUCACAUUUGGACUAUUUUCUUGAUGUUCUUGGUACCUUUCUGGACCUUGAAUGUGGUAGUUGUGUUGCUGUCUAUGGAGGGUCAGAGAGCUCUCAGAUUUUAUUAAAAAUUUCUUAAUUUGUGUUCCGAAGGUGAACACAGGUUCUUCUAAUGACAGAAUUUUCAUUUUGGAGUGAACUAUCUCUUUAAAAUAGCUCCUUAAUGCAACAUAUAUCUGUAAAUAGGAUCCAUCAUAUUGGACAUUGUUUAAACUUAAAAUGAUGGCUGAAAUAAGAAUGCUCUUGUUUUUUCUGACUUUUUUAUUUACUGUCUCAAACACAGCAGGCUAUAAUAUAUACAUUCUAACCAUUAUGGAAUCCCAUUACUGUCUAUUCAUAUAAUGACAUAUCAACGUCUCAUUUGUAAAUACAUUUGCUGUCUGGAACAAUUUAUUGUGCUAAAACAGGGGGCUAUAUUCUUGGAUAUCUGUAUUUAGCUCCUAUACUCUGCUCUAACACACCUGCCUGUGGUUUUCAAAUGACCUUGAUAAGGUGGUGUAGGUGUGUUAAAUCAAACCCUGAACUCAUGCACUUUAUGCUGUAGUUCGUAUUUACCUGAUUUAAAUGCAUUGCAAUACAAUUACUACUGAUUAUUUAUUAAUGUUCGUAUUCUGUGUUUAAAAGAACGUGUUCAGUGAGUUUCACUGGAGCACAGGUGUUAUUGUAAUGGUAACUCGCUUCUAUUUUUGUAGAUUGUGUUAGUUGUGUUUUAUUUGUUGUAUAGAUGCAGUCUGGACUCUUUAUGCAUGCCAGAGAUUUCAUGUUUGAGUGAUAGUGUGAGUGUUUAUAUAUCGAACUCUGCACUGUAACACAAAUGCAGCAGGAGAGGAACAAGGAGGGUCAGAAUAUACUACAUACUUGACAACAUCUGCACCUCAAGGAGCAGGAGAAAUUUCGAUUCUGUUCACAAACAAUAUUUAUGAAUAAUGUCUCUGUAUUUCUCUCAUCGUUGCUUUUUUGUGCUAUCCUCCUACUGCAAUAUAAACAUAUUUGGUUAGUGAUCACGUGAGUCUUCAUAUUUAAUAGGUCUCAUUUUUUAUGUACAUGUUUGCGAAGAAUUGGGGAAGGUUUUUUUUGUGAAAUACAAAAGCAUUUGCCAUCAGUUCUGGAAAUGUAGCCCUGAAGAUUAUUGUUGAAUUUGCACAGAUUUGUCUUGCUGAAGGUAAACUAAACAAAAGGCCUAAACAAAUGUUUCAAAAUAGUAUUUCCUUUAAAUCAGAAGACUUUUUUUUUGUUUGAUUCCAUUGUAAUGUUUUAGAACGUGUUAACAGGUAAAAGGUUUAUUAAAGCGUUAUGAACACUUAAUUGUUUACACUAUGAUUGAUUGUUGUGACUGAAAAUGUUACCAAAGCAUGCCUGUUUGAGACAUUUACUGUAUUAAUAUCAGAACUUGUCCUCUGGAGAGCAGUCUGGACUCUAUUUAGUCAUUAACCAUCUCACAUAGAAGUUCCACUGCAGUUUCAUUAAACCUUUAUAUGAAGGUGUGAUGUAAUAUCAAUCAAUUUUUGAAAUAUUGUAGGCUUACUGAAAAUUAAAGUUCAUAUAUUUAUUCCACUGCUUACCUCCAACCAAAAAGUUUGCUUUGUGGCAUUCAUAUUCUUGACCCCAAAAAGAAGCUUCUUUAAUGUGAAAUGUACGUGUGGUCAGGGAAAUGGUAAAAUAAUGUUCAACAUCUCCAGGGUUGAGUUGAAUCUGUAUACUUCAGAAACCUUGUUCUUGAAUGAUUGAAUAAAUUGCUCUGUUUUAAAGUUCA